GACAACUGAGAACCGAUCCGAACGCAUUCUUUGGCGUGUGAUCUCGUGAAAACUAAACGUCGAGUCCCAGGGGGAAAAAAACAACAUCCGGAACGUUCCGUGAUCAUCCCAACGUGGAGAGAACUUGUUUAUUUGCCAUCAACAUGAUGACCAACCUGCUUCCUUUCUUGGCGGACCACGAACGUCUGAGGCUAAAAGUGGAGAAGAAGACAAGAAACAUUUUUAUUACGCAGCCCGAUGACUGCAGGAAAAGAGAAGAGAAUGUCAAUUACAUAGCAGUUGUAACUGAGCCUCCAAGCAGAAUCCUCGGAGUGGGCGUAAAUACGUUACAAAAGACUCUGGUUCUGAAGAAACAAGCCGAGCUGGACGAGGUGAACAACCUUCUUGUGCUCAAAAGAAAAGAAUUCAUGAGAAAUGUGGACGAGUUGGCUCAAAUGAGGACUGAACUGCAAAUAAAACAUCAGGAGGUGAAACACAAAGCAUUGAAGUUUGAAAGGUUUGUGAAUGACAAUGAAGCGAUACGGAGUCAAGCUGUGCAGCAGUACAAGGCAAUGCAGGAGCACAACGUGAUGAAGCAGCGCGAGUUGGAUGAAUUGACUAAACUGCUGCAACAACUUCGAGCCAGGAAGCACAUUUUAAAGGAAAGAUUAUCCAAAUAUAAAAUCUAUGAGGACUUUUUAAUGAAAACAUUGGAUUAUCUCCCUGACAGUCACCUUGAGACGGACUCUGAGUGUGCGGUCAUGCCCAUCCUCCGGCGCCACGAGACCCUGUGCUUCACCCACCAGCAGUUGCUGCAGCGUCUGGGCCGUGUGGAGGAGGAGGUCGAGCGCAGCAGGCGACAGCUGCACGCCAUGAAGCGAGGCCACAACAUGCACAAAUUGAUGGCCAGUAAAGAACUUCAUCAACUUCAGUGGGAGUUGGAGAGCCUUAGAGAGAAGAACAAGCAAGCAGAGAACAAACUCUUGAAGGAGCAAGAACAGUCUAGAAAGAAGGCUGAAGAAGUUGGAAGUUUAAUCCUGGCUAUCAACAACCUGGCAGAGCAGUGUUAUCUGCCAGCAUACGGACCUCUUGAAAAUAUGAGCGCAUCCAAAAGGAUGGACAUGGUGAAGGAGUACCUCAUGGACAAGACGGACACAGAAAAGAGAUUGAGAAAACUGAUGGAGUGUGCUUCCCAAACGACGAGUAAAACAGCUUUGACGGGCAUGAAAGUGAAGGCAUCUAUGAGCAGCUUUGGCAAUAAAAUGCAACUCAAAAGUCCAAGUAAAGUCAGUAAAACGAGCGAUCAAUCUAGUUGAUGUAGACAAUCUGAAAAGCUGAAAAAAAAAAAGUGAUCUGGACCUUUUUCAGUGUACUGUGAAUGACCAUGCUAGCAAUUCAGCAACAUUUUCUCUUAUUUACUUAAUUUCUUUAAAAACGCAAAGUCAUGUAUGAUCAUAUUUCUCACUUGACACUUUAAUUGCGGCUAAGUUGUUAUCUAAACAAACUAAUUUACUUAUAAAAUUCUACCUGUGUUGUGUUGAUAAAUCAUACCGUAUUGCUAUUUUCCUCAUGUUUUUGUGUGGCAGUGUGGCUCAUUGGUCGGGUAGUCAUUCCCCAACCUAGCGGUUGUCGGUUCGAUUCCCCUCCCUGGUGUCCUCGUCUAAGUAUCCUUAAGCAAGAUACAGAACCCCAUGUUACUCCUGAUGCCAUCAAUACGUAAAUGAGGAUAUAUAGUAGAGGUCGACCAAUAUGGGAUUUUCAAAUACCAAUAUCCAAAAACAUUUGAGGUCGCUCUACUUUUUUUAAAAUGAUUAAUUACACACACACACAGCAAGAACAGUACAUUAUUUUCCUUAAAUUAAACCCACCAGGACAUCAUGACGAGAUGUAAACAAUUGAGUUUAAGAGGAUGUUAAAGCUAAUGCUUGUGCAAAUGCUAUGCUAACGCUAUGAGUUACAUUUAGAGUGUAAGGAUCACUCAGUAAACACCUUAAAAGGCUAAAGCAACAAUGCAUAUUCUGUAAUUCUGUGAUUUUUAAACAAAAUCAGGCAAGCCUGAAAUUUCGUGUAGCAGCCUGCCACGCUACAAACCACGCCUCAUACAAACUGCAUCCCUCCAAACCAUGCCUGCUGUUGGUAAAGUGGCGUGAAGAAUUUGUUUACUGUACUAUAUGAAGUUCAAAGGGUUAAACUUAACUAGACACAGAGGUAUUGGGGAAUGCGCUAACUAGAGUAACCUUUGCUAUAUGUGGAAGUCCUUUAAUUAAGGUAGUGAAUCAACCGUUAAAGUUGUUAAAAUUGCUCCCAUUAUUGCAUUAUUUCCUUUCUGUCUCCUAUUUCGACAUGUGAAAGUUUUAAAACUGUUACAUCAUUUAAAGAUAGAUUCAAGUCAAGAUUAUGUCUCAUUUAGGACUAUUUAAGAUUUUAGGAAGGUUUGCCACAAACGAGCCUUCCUGAGAAGUCAACUGCUUCGCUGUCUUUGUAGUAGCCUAGUAGUAGUACGCAGACUAUCGAGCAUGUGUUUGUGCUGCCAUUGUGCACGCCUUAUAUGGAAAAAGCUCGCGAGCAUGACAAAUUUGGGCCAAAACGGAUGUUUUUGGAUGGGGAAAACAACAAAAACAAAACCUUACCACCCCCUGCUGUGUGUGACUUCCAGAACCCCUGGUAAUACAUUUUAAUUUUUUUAAAGCUGAUGGAUAGUAUCUGCAUAGAAGAAGAAAAAGAAAUGCUGAAAUUGGAUACCCCUGACAGGUCCCUCGGUUGAUAUAAAAUCUUUUGGUAGUGCCAGUUGAAUAGAGCUGUUUGCAUUCAUUGGAAUGUUUUAACAAAUUUCCUUAAACAUUUCCAAAAGGCAAUAACAGUCAACAUUUUAAACAUAAAUUGGCGUUCAAGAGAAUGAAAUGCUUUGUAGAAGCAUAGAAAAGAAGUUUCCUCUUCAAUCAAAUCGGCACUGGUGGAAUGUAACAAAGUAAAAGUAUUUCAUUACUGUACUUAAGUACAUUUUUGUGAAUCUGUACUUUACUUGAGUACAAAUAUGAAGUGGUACUUUUUACUUUGCUACAUUUUUUUCGGCAGGUAUCUGUACUAUUUACUCCGCUACUUUUCAAAAUGUUGCUUGCAUUACACAUUACUUUUGUUUCUUUUCCGUUCUUCUCAUUGAAAAUUGAUCGUUUCGUUAUCAUGUCAAUCGAAAGCCCCGUGCAACCACAGUACUGUAUACCGUAACUGAGCACAUAGGCGAGUACAAGACGAGUACAAGCAAGUUCAGUAGGUGAACAAGAUAUUAACCAAUAAAAACCACCCCUUUCUUGUACAGUAGGGGGCAGUAUGCUUGCAAUCCACCAUUAAACUGAGUUUUUGAGUUUAUUAAGCUUCUGUUUACAGUAGGGUGAUCAUAUUUUUAUUUCCAAAAAAGAGAACACUCUGCUCGGCCUUGAGACACCCAAAGAUUCCUUAUCACUUUGUAUUUAAAAGUGCUUUCUCCAUCUGGAUCGGAAAAUUCAGUUGUAUUUAUACUUUUUUCCUUUGAUUGAAUUUUUUUUUCAUUGAAUAAUACAGCAGAAAUCGACCCCCAUAUAAUCAGUGUUGUUAAUAACGGCUUUAGAGUAUAACAGCGUUACUAACGGUGUUAUUUUUUUCAGAAGUGAGUAAUCUAAUUAAUUACUUUUCUCAUCUUGGCAACGCCGUUACCGUUACUGAGGAUAUAGAAGCAUGCGUUACUAUGUGUUACUUCAUUGGUUAAGUGACGCGAGAAAAGACACGGACUCACGGAGACGAGAGAGGAGGAGGAAAGGGAGUUGUGACGCCAUUGAAAAUGCGAUGCUAGGUGGCUCCAAUAAUACCUGACUGUAGCCGAUAGCCUACAAAGUACGCCCACAUGAUGCUACGGUAGAUAUCACAUGUAAUUAGAACUACUGUAAUUUCCGGACUACAAGCCGCUACUUUUUUCUCUCAUUAUGGGUCCUGCAGCGUGUGCAAUGAUGCGGCCAAUUUGUGUAUUUUUCUGACGGCCGCCUGGGGCGCUCGAGCAUGGAAUGUGGGAGCGAGACACGUGGAAUAUAUGUGUCGAGGAAGACGCUAGUUUGCACUACUACCGGUAGUUUAACUUUGUACAUUGUGCAUGAAUAGAGGUGGCGAACCCUCGUCUUUGUGCAUGAGUAGAAUUGGCAGACCUGCAUCCUGGAAAAUGCUAGAAGAAAUUAAAUUGGCCAUCCGAGUUGUAUGGGACGCUUUGAUGACGUGCGGCGAGAGAUCGUUUGCCAAGACUCGCCGAAUGGGGAGAGCAGCUUUGGGGGAGCCUAGCAUCGUGAAGCGCUGUGAAAGAGUCCGCCAUCACCAGAGUGCUUUGAGGGGCCAGUCUGCUGCGGGGAGGACGGCACAGGCUGGGAGUUAAUAUGCCUCAUUAUGGGAGACAUUGAAGGCGACGCUAAGGACAGACUGAGUUGGUGCGUGUGUGGCGAAGUGCAUCUGAGCGUCUUCAUAUCCGACACUGAGGGUGAAGACUUUCAUGGUUUGAAUGCACAGGAAGAAGAUGAAGAUUGCUAACAAAGACUUUUAUGUUUUUAUUAACCAGCACAAUUAGUGCUGCACCGCCAUGCUGAUGCUAUGCAACUUCCGUGCCGCUGCUAUAUAACUGCCGUAUUUGCCGGCGCUGUUUGGAACGAAAAGUUAAGGUGUGUUAUUAAACGUUUGAAAACUGUAUUUCUUUAUCAAUGUCUCGUUUUACUAAGUGGGCACACGCGGCUUAUAGACCCUACUCACGUGACGUCACAGCCACGCCCCCGCGCCAUGUUGUCCGGAUACUAGUCAUGUUAAUGCAUUAGCGCUUCGUAAAUUCCUCCUAUUAUGAUGUGUUUUUCUGCUCGUUAACAUUAAUAAUCAAAAUGGUGAAGUCGUGUGUGGCGGUCGGUUGCAAAAACAGAGAAGAUAGACGGAGAGACUUGAAUUUUUACCGUAUUCCGAGAGACCCGAAGAGGAGACCGAGAUUGACUGCUGCAAUUCGACGAGAAAACUGGGCUCCAAACGACUACCACAGAUUACGUAGUAGUCAUUUUAUAUCUGGUGAGAUGCAUUUAAUAUAUAUUUAGAGGGUUUUGGGCUGAGAACCACAAUUAAGAUCAUUGCUAGGCUAAUCGCCGACAACAUACACUCAGACGUUGUGAAUGAGCUACCAGAAAAUAUAUAAUUAUAAGGGGAUAAUCAGACAGUUGUCAUACAAUUAAUUUACAAUUUCACUAUUGAGGUCAAAAGCCAAAAAAUAAAUUCAACUAGGGACAAUCUGGAGUAGUGCUAUCGCACUUCAUAUUUAUUACGUUAUAUAUGUUAUAUGUAUGUGGUAUAUGUAAUGUUAUAUAUGUAUACAGUGAGAGUGCUAUCGCUAAACCAUAUAAACAUUAAAAGCACUAGCUCCAUUGACAAAUGAUAUGAAAUACAUUAGACUUGACAGUGGAUGUUAGCAAGAACAAAAGAUUUUGAAUUGAAAAUUUCGUAACUCACCUUCCGAGCACAAGAUUCCUGCCGAAUUUUCGUGUACGAGGACCUGUUUCACCCAACCAGCAACGUAGCAUUUAUAAGCCUCCAAGCUCUUAGUUUUUCAAACUUUCGUGAGAAUAGGCUGAUUUUGUGUAGACAAGAUAGUUGUAAAUAUCAGGAUAUCAGAUGUCAGGCGAAGCCAGCGGGUCGAAAAACAUCAAUUUAGGCAUCAAAUACGGAUCCGGCGAAUGGAUAAACUGAAGCUUUUCCACGUAACACCUUUUAUGCAACGGAUCCAAUGAGUUUACAGCGUCAGAUAACACCGGGGCUUCCAUGAAUUGCUCUAUAACUUGCUCGACUAAUUGAAAACAAUGAGAAUAGGUCUGAAAAAGAGGUACAAUAUGGCGGCCGGAAACAGCGACACGCCCAUUUUGUGACGUAGGUGAGUAGGGUCUAUAGGCAGGAGAGGCUUAUGUAUGUACAAAAUGGUUUUUCCUUUAAAAAUGUACUGGGUGAGGCUUGUAAUCAGGGGCGCCCAAUAGUCCAGAAAUUACGGUAGAUGCGAAAUGACAGACACCCCGUUGUUAGCACAUGUAUAGAGAACUAGAUGCGAAAUGUUAGACUGGCCGGCGUUAGUAAACAGGCGCCAUCUUUAAGCAGUAGACUUCCCAGGAAGGCUCGUUUGUUGAGAACCUGCCUAGCGAACCUAAGUAACUUUUUAUCUAAAAUACUCCUAAAUCGGCAAAAUCUUCACUUGAAUCUAUCUUUAAAUGAUGAAAGUUUUCAAACUUUCACAUGUCGAGAGUAGACAGAAAGAAAGUCAUGCAAUAACGGGAGCAAUUUUAACAACUUUAACGGU